CCGCUGAAACGUAUCUUCGUGUUUUUGUUUUCGGUCCGUUUGGCUGCUUCCAGUACGUUUGUUUGGGUCCCCGUCGUGCCGUCCAGUUCGGCUGGCAGCUGUUACACCCAGCUGCGGCCAUGUACGAUCAAGACGAAGAAAACCAAUAUGACGAGGAUGAGGACGAGAUCACUCCAGACUUGUGGCAGGAGGCCUGCUGGAUCGUUAUCAGUUCCUAUUUUGAUGAAAAGGGUCUGGUACGACAGCAACUGGACUCAUUUGAUGAGUUCAUUCAAAUGUCAGUGCAGAGGAUUGUGGAGGACGCCCCACCCAUAGAUCUACAGGCUGAGGCCCAGCACACCUCUGGGGAGGUGGAGGAGCCGCCACGUUACCUGUUGAAAUUUGAGCAGAUCUACCUGUCUAAGCCAACUCACUGGGAGAGAGAUGGUGCCCCCUCUCCCAUGAUGCCCAAUGAAGCUCGACUCAGGAACCUUACGUACUCUGCCCCUCUGUAUGUCGACAUCACUAAGACCAUCAUCAAGGAGGGGGAGGACCAACUGCAGACCCAGCACCAGAAGACCUUCAUUGGCAAAAUUCCCAUCAUGCUUCGCUCUACAUACUGCCUGCUCAGUGGCCUAACAGACCGUGAUCUUUGUGAACUGAACGAAUGUCCUCUCGACCCAGGCGGCUACUUUAUCAUUAACGGCUCAGAAAAGGUCCUGAUUGCUCAAGAGAAGAUGGCCACCAACACGGUGUAUGUGUUUGCAAAGAAGGACUCGAAGUAUGCCUACACAGGGGAGUGCCGCUCUUGUCUGGAAAACUCCUCGCGUCCCACCAGCUCCAUCUGGGUCAGCAUGAUGGCCAGAGGAGGACAGGGUGUGAAGAAGAGUGCCAUCGGCCAGAGGAUUGUGUCCACUCUGCCCUACAUCAGGCAGGAAGUGCCCAUCAUCAUUGUGUUCCGUGCUCUGGGCUUUGUGUCAGACAGAGACAUUCUGGAGCACAUCAUCUAUGACUUUGAUGACCCUGAGAUGAUGGAGAUGGUGAAACCGUCACUAGAUGAGGCCUUUGUAAUCCAGGAGCAGAAUGUAGCUUUGAACUUCAUUGGCUCCAGAGGAGCAAAGCCUGGUGUCACGAAGGAGAGGAGGAUAAAGUACGCAAAAGAAGUCCUACAGAAGGAGGUGCUGCCUCACGUGGGAGUCAGUGACUUCUGUGAAACCAAAAAGGCUUAUUUCUUGGGGUACAUGGUACACAGACUCUUACUAGCUGCCCUUGGUAGAAGAGAGCUGGAUGACAGGGAUCACUAUGGCAACAAGAGGCUGGACCUUGCUGGGCCACUUUUGGCUUUCCUCUUUAGAGGCAUGUUUAAGAACCUGCUGAAGGAGAUCAGGAUCUAUGCCCAGAAGUUCAUUGAUCGAGGGAAGGAUUUCAACCUGGAGCUGGCCAUUAAAACCCGUAUCAUCUCGGAUGGUCUCAAGUAUUCUCUGGCCACAGGGAACUGGGGCGACGUCAAAAAGGCCCACCAGGCCAGGGCUGGAGUGUCCCAGGUGCUGAAUCGUCUCACCUUUGCAUCAACGCUUUCUCAUCUCCGCCGAGUGAACUCCCCCAUCGGCAGAGACGGCAAGCUGGCCAAGCCCCGGCAGCUGCACAACACCCUGUGGGGCAUGGUGUGUCCAGCAGAGACGCCUGAGGGUCAUGCUGUCGGCUUGGUGAAGAACCUAGCCCUGAUGGCUUACAUCUCUGUGGGUUCCCAACCGUCUCCCAUCCUGGAGUUCUUGGAGGAGUGGAGUAUGGAGAACCUGGAGGAAAUCUCACCGGCCGCCAUAGCAGAUGCCACCAAGAUUUUUGUCAACGGCUGCUGGGUGGGAAUCCACAAAGACCCAGAACAGCUGAUGAACACACUGAGGAAGCUGAGGAGACAAAUGGACAUCAUUGUGUCUGAGGUAUCCAUGAUCAGGGACAUCCGUGAGCGUGAGAUCAGGAUUUACACAGAUGCUGGCAGGAUCUGUCGUCCUCUGCUAAUCGUAGAGAAACAGAAACUGCUGCUGAAGAGGCGACACAUCGAUCAGCUCAAGGAGAGAGAGUACAACAACUACAGCUGGCAGGACUUAGUUGCUAGUGGUGUGGUUGAAUACAUCGACACUCUGGAGGAGGAGACUGUGAUGCUGGCCAUGACCCCUGAUGACCUCCAGGAGAAGGGUGUGGCUUAUUGCUCCACCUACACCCACUGUGAGAUCCAUCCCUCCAUGAUCCUGGGUGUCUGUGCGUCCAUCAUCCCCUUCCCCGAUCACAACCAGUCUCCCAGGAACACCUACCAGUCUGCUAUGGGUAAACAAGCCAUGGGUGUGUACAUCACCAACUUCCAUGUGCGCAUGGACACCCUGGCACAUGUGCUCUACUACCCCCAGAAACCUCUGGUUACCACACGCUCUAUGGAGUACCUACGCUUCAGAGAGCUGCCUGCUGGUAUUAACUCCAUUGUGGCAAUCGCAUCCUACACCGGCUAUAACCAGGAGGACUCGGUGAUCAUGAACAGAUCAGCGGUGGACCGAGGGUUCUUCAGGUCUGUGUUUUAUCGCUCCUACAAAGAGCAGGAGUCUAAGAAGGGCUUUGAUCAGGAGGAGAUAUUUGAGAAGCCUACACGUGAAACCUGCCAGGGCAUGCGGCACGCCAUUUAUGACAAGCUGGAUGAUGACGGUCUGAUUGCACCGGGUGUUCGUGUCUCCGGUGAGGAUGUGAUCAUCGGUAAGACUGUAACACUCCCAGAAAAUGACGACGAACUGGACAGCACCAACCGGCGCUACACCAAGAGGGACUGCAGUACCUUCCUCCGCACCAGCGAGACUGGGAUCGUGGACCAGGUCAUGGUCACACUCAACCAGGAGGGCUACAAGUUCUGCAAGAUCAGGGUUCGCUCGGUUCGUAUCCCUCAGAUCGGAGACAAGUUUGCCAGUCGCCAUGGGCAGAAAGGUACCUGUGGCAUCCAGUACAGACAAGAGGAUAUGCCGUUCACGUGCGAGGGAAUCACACCUGACAUCAUCAUCAACCCUCACGCCAUCCCAUCUCGUAUGACAGUCGGUCACUUGAUCGAGUGUCUGCAGGGAAAGGUGUCGGCUAACAAAGGAGAGAUUGGAGAUGCUACGCCCUUUAAUGACGCCGUCAACGUGCAGAAGGUCUCCAACCUGUUGUCUGAAUACGGUUACCACCUGAGAGGAAACGAGGUGUUGUACAAUGGUUUCACGGGCCGUAAACUGACCUCUCAGAUCUUCAUCGGGCCCACCUACUACCAGCGUUUGAAGCACAUGGUGGACGACAAGAUCCACUCGAGGGCCCGUGGACCAGUUCAGAUCCUCAACAGGCAGCCCAUGGAGGGUCGAUCACGUGAUGGCGGGCUGCGUUUCGGGGAGAUGGAGCGUGACUGUCAGAUCGCUCACGGAGCCGCUCAGUUCCUGAGAGAGAGGCUGUUUGAAGCGUCCGACCCCUACCAGGUCCACGUCUGUAACCUGUGUGGUCUCAUGGCCAUCGCCAACACGCGCACUCAUACGUAUGAAUGUCGGGGCUGCCGCAACAAAACACAGAUCUCUCUGGUGCGGAUGCCCUACGCCUGCAAGCUGCUGUUCCAGGAGCUCAUGUCCAUGAGCAUCGCCCCUCGCAUGAUGACCACCUAGGACCAAAGGAUGAUAGUCAUCUGGUCUCUG